UUGUUUUGACGUAUAAAAUAGACAAAUCAUUAUACGUAUAAAAUAGACAAACAAACUGAAGUUUCUAGAUAAAUUUUAAAUUAAAAUCUUUUGUCUUAUGAUCUAAAGAUUUGUGAUAAAAUGGCAACAAACGAUGAAGGAUUUGAACCAUUUGAAGAAGAUGAAGGAGCUGAAGCGACUUUAGGACCCUCUUUAGCAGCAUCAGGACGUAAACGUUUAUUUAGCAAAGAGUUACGAUGUAUGAUGUAUGGCUUUGGUGACGACCAAAAUCCGUACACGGAAAGUGUAGAUUUAAUAGAAGAUCUCGUUAUUGAAUUUAUCACAGACAUGACACAUAGGGCAAUGGAAAUUGGUCGAACAGGUCGUGUACAAGUAGAAGAUAUUGUAUUUUUAGUACGUAAAGAUCCAAGAAAGUAUGCCCGUGUAAAAGAUCUAUUAACAAUGAAUGAAGAAUUAAAACGAGCACGUAAAGCAUUUGAUGAAGUGAAAUAUGCAGGAAAAGAUGCUUUAACCACUAAAUAAAUAAUCUCAAGGGAUUAAUUUGUUCAUAUAAGUUCAAAACUGUACCAUAAAUUAUUUUAUAUACUUUGAAGUGAAUUGUGUGUAUCUAUUAGUUAAUUAAUUCAAUAAAGCCAUUUUUAUAAAAU